AUAAAGAAAUCCGUCUGGGAAAAGUGUAUUUUAAUGCGCGGUUUGAUGACGUAAUGUUGAUUGUCAAACGCGAAAUGGCGAGCGUGCUAAGAGGCCCGUUACCCGCAACUCGCUGGGGUUGUGUUAUCCUUAUUGUUUACAUGCUCCAUCGUCGAAAUGAUUACGUAGGGGUAUCUUUUCCUGAGAAAGAUAAGGUGAAUAAUGGCGGCUGAGGUGGAGGUUGAGUCGGAUGCAUGCAAUGAGUACCCGGCACAUUACAAAGUCAUGAUGGACAAAUUAAAUGAACAACGACAGCUGGACCAGUUCACAGACAUUACUCUGAUUGUGGAUGGGCAUCAGUUCAGAGCCCAUAAAGCAGUGUUGGCAGCAUGCAGUCAGUUUUUCCACAAGUUCUUCCAGGAUUUUACCCAGGAGCCUCUGGUGGAGAUAGAAGGAGUGAGUAAUACAGCCUUUCACCAGCUGAUGGAGUUCACAUACACAGCUAUACUAGAUGUGGGUAAAAAGGAGGAGGCUGACGUGUGGAAGGCGGCUGAAUACCUCCAGAUGCAAGAAGCCAUCAAAGCACUCAGCAAUAAGAUGAAUGAAGAUCCCUCCCUGACAGCUAAGAGCAAAGGUAAAAAGAGGAAGAUUGCUGAGACGUCAAAUGUCAUCACGGAAAGUCUGCCUUCAGUGGAGGGAGAACAGGUGGAGAUUGAGGUGAUAGGAGAAGGUGUCAUCGAGGUGGAGGAGGCAGGACUGGAGGAGGUGGUUGAUGCAGCAAAAAAUGCUCAGGCCUCCGAUGACUCUGCUUUGGCUCUUCUCGCUGACAUUACCAGCAAGUAUCAGCAAGGGGGAUCUACAGUACAUUUCAUUAAAAAAGACGAAAUAGAUGAGGAGGUGGUGUAUCAGGAGGAAACGGUGACGGCCUCUAAAGUGCUGGAGAAUGUCGGUGUGGUUGAGGUUCAGAUUUCCCAAGUGGACAACAUGUUCCGCUGCAACAAGUGCGAUCGUAGCUUUAAGUUGUACUACCACCUCAAGCAGCACUUGAAAACACAUCUUGGCUCUCUGGAAAAACCCCACGUGUGCAACCAUUGUGGCAAAGCUUACACGAGGGAAGGCGCCUUGAAGCAGCACAUCAGCACGUUUCACUUUGAUGCAGAGGAGCUGUCUCAAAACCAGAAACCGCAGAAGAAGGUGCACGUGUGUGAAUACUGUAAAAAGCAAUUUGACCACUUCGGCCACUUUAAGGAGCACUUGCGAAAGCACACUGGGGAAAAACCUUAUGAGUGUCCAGAUUGCCAUGAGCGAUUUGCAAGGAACAGCACAUUGAAGUGCCAUAUGGCAGCCUGUCAGAACGGGGCCGGAGCCAAGAAAGGGCGCAAGAAACUCUAUGAAUGCCAGGUCUGCAGCAGUGUGUUCAACAGCUGGGACCAGUUCAAAGACCAUCUCGUGAGCCACACAGGAGACAAACCCAACCACUGCACCAUGUGUGACAUGUGGUUCACGCACGCGAGAGAACUUAAGACUCACCUCAAAGAAGUCCAUUCCAUCGAGGACAGGACAAAUGAAGAAGUGGUCAUCACUGACUCUGCCGCCACAGCAGCCAUCACCAUCGCGACCCAGAGCAUAGACGGAGGCGAAGCGGUGAUGCUGGACGACGGCAUCCAAGUGGAACACGUCACCAUGGAGCCUGUCGAUGUGAUGGAGAUGGACGAGACCACAACAGUUGUGAUGGAGGACGGGGGGGUAACAGAGAUGUGUGAGGAGGACGUGGAGAGACUAAAGCGGGCGGGGGUGCAGAUCCAGGUAGUGCGUGUGACCACGGCCGAAGUAGACGGGCAGCAGGUGGUGAACUCUCAGGUGGAGGUAGAUGUGGAGGGUGAAAUGGUGAACGUGGAAGAGGCAGAACAAGCUGUGAUUGUAUGAGAAAUUUGCAAAGACUGUCUCAAAUGACACAUCGGAGACUUUCAGUUCUCUUCGGACGACUUUUUUUUAUUGUGAAGAACACUGCAUGUGGGAUAAAGCAUGCCACAUCAACAUGUCUUAUUGUCCAACAUCGCGUUCAGUGACUUCAUUCCCGCCACCGUAACUCUUUGAAAGCGGAGUUAAAGACAAUUUUGGAAAUCUACAAUUUCCUACUAGCUUUCCUGUAUUUAUUUUUGAGCCUGUUGCCAUCCAGCCACACAUCCUUAGUGACUCCACUUUGCUAAAUCAAUCAAGUUCAUAUGUUUUUUGUCCGAGUUCAUAUUUUACCAAAACAAUUGACAUGAAAUUAAAUAUUCCUGUUGCAGCUCAUGAAACAGUGGAUUUUUGCUAGUGCUAAUGUUACAUACAGUUCUGUUCAUGCUUAUUUUCAUAUUGACUUUGCUGUUUUUGUAGGAAAAUCUCAGAUAUGGAAUAAAAUGUUCUCCAGAAUGGGAUAUCUAUGUUGAAGCCAUCUAUUGAGUACUUGAUGAAAUGAAUUUAUGGGAUUAUUUAAAUGCUUUUGACUUCA